ACCAGCCCACCAUACACAUACCAAACAUGAAGGCCUUUAUUGUGUUCGCCUGUCUGGCAGUGGCGACGGCCCGCGCAGGAAUCGCGCACGGACCUGGCAUUGCUCUUGCCGGAGGUCAUGGUCUUGGAGGCGGCAUUGGUCUUGGAGGACUUGGUCUUGGAGGUGGUAUUGGUGUUAGAGGUAUUGGACUUGGAGGCAUUGGAGGCAUAGGAGGAAUAGGAGGAGGAGGUGCUGGUCUCUCUGGUGGACUUGCUGCGGGUGCUGGAACUGCGGCAUCCCUUCAAGGAGGAUCUUCCAGCUUGGGAUCCGGUGGUCUUGGUGCCAGUUACGCUGCUGGAUCUGCGGCGGCAGCUGGAUCUGCUGGUGUUCAACAAAUUGUCUCCGGUGGAGUGAUCGGAGGCAGGGCUGACGUUGGACCCGCUGAAGGACCCAAGGCUAACGUUGGACCUCAAACCGGUCCAUCUGAUCUCGUUGGACCACAAGAAGGAGCCAAGAGCGUUGGUGGACCACGUACCGGACCAUCUAGUCUCGUAGGACCUGCCGCUGGUCCAUCCACCCUUGUUGGAGCCAGCCAAGGUACCGCCACCCUUGUAGGACCAUCCCAAGCAACGGCUAACCUCGUUGGACCAUCUUACGGUGGUGUUGCCUUCUACGCUGGAAGUGGUAACGUCAACGGUGACGACGGAUCCUCUGGAUCUGCUGCUAAUGCUGCGCCAGGAGGAGGUGCUGAUGUCGCGCGUCUUUCUUUGGGUGGUGCUGGUGCCGUCGCUGUUGUUGGUGGAGGUGGUCUCGGAAUUGCUGGUGGUCUCGGCGGACACGACGGUGGUGUAGCUGUGAUCAACGGACCGUCUGGCGCCAUCCACUCCGGACUCGGCUCCCACGGAGCUAUCAUUUCCGGGGGACUCGGCAAGUACUAGACGUUCUAAGGCCCCAGCGAUCUCGGCUCGGCGACGGCGGCGAACCCACCACAGUCACUUACCGGUCUCAAACGAUCCUCAAACGCGCUCAACGUCUUCUUCCCAAAGCUUCGUUCAACCUAGGAGCAUGGUUCUAGCGCCGGCGGCGUUAGUGGUGUAGUCAGUAUAUAGUCGGAGCAUUUUAAUUACAAGUCCAGUCGGUAUAUAUCGAGAAACGAGGUGGAGUAGAGCGCGAAUCUCGCGACAGCCCAGACGAUUGCUCGUGCUGCCUGCCAAUUCGACCAUACUCGCACGGGUUUAGAUCUCGGCCAAGUGUACACCGUGGAACCGGCCAUUCGUGAUCCGUGGUUCACGACUCUGGCUCAACCCUCUGCUGACGACGCGACUCGGUCCUGAAUCGUUCAGACAAGGCACGGGUAAAAUUUAGUCAAUUUCUUUCUUUCAUCAACUUAUGCAACGCGCGGCAGAGGACAGCCGGAUCGGAAUCGCGAUUGCCAGCCAUGGUUGCAAUAGCACACACACACACACAGACGCGCGACAUCCGACAUCUUGCUUGCGAUCCACACAUGAUGAACCUGUGUCGAGCGAUAGGCAACGCCUCCGAUCAACGUUCGAGCUAUCGUUCACGAUCCAGAUCGCGGUUCGACAACCACCCCAAACACUCCUCACCAACGAACCACCAAGUCAACGUAGUGUAAACACGGUUGACUACCGGUUGCUCACGCCAUGGACCCAGCAUGUGGACGAGCUUUGGCGCUUCGUCGCUAGACCAACUGGGUCUGUUCUGUUUUCUGAACACCCACCGUUGCUCCAGC